CAUGUCGGAAGAGUGAGGUUGGGAAAGUUUGAGGGGAGAAAAAGAGGCCGCCGAGAAGGAAGAAGUCCUGCAAGCGCCCUCCCGGGACCGAGUGAGGUGGGGGGAGCCGUGCCUUGCUGCGCUCGGGCCCCGCGUCUCCACCCGCGCGCCCUGGCCAUGGCCGACCCCCGGAGCCCCCAGUCCGUGGCUCUCCCGCGGCCGCUGCGCCUCCUGUUCCUCCAGUGUGCGCUGGCGCUGGGCUUCCCCGGGGACCCCGGGCCCCGACCAGAGACGCUCCCUUGGGGCCAGCCCUCCCUGGACAUCGUGCACCCCAUCCGGGUGGAUGCUGGCGGCUCCUUUCUCUCCUACGACUUAUCUCCUCGGCUGCUUCGGAGAAGGGACCUACUUUCCAGGGCCGGCUCUCCCACUUUUUAUGAGCUAUUAUACCAGGGGCGGGAGCUGAGAUUUAACCUGAGCAUUAACUCCCAGCUCCUGGCCCCGGGCUUCGUGAGCGAGACGCGCUAUGGAGGCAUCCCCCAUGCCAAGAUCCGUCCCUACACACAUUCCUAUGCUUGUCACCUGAUUGGAGAGGUUCAAGACUCUCGACUGAAAGGCGGCUUGGCUGCUAUCAGCUCCUGCAACGGCUUGAAAGGUGUGUUCCAGCUCUCCAAUGAAGACUAUUUCAUUGAACCACUGGAGGGGAUCAAGCCCAGCGCUGGGGUGGCGCAGCCUCAUGUGGUUUACAAGCGACAGAUACCAGAACACCAGGAAGCCUGGGCACAUGCGGGAACCCCCCUCCCCAGGGUCCUGGGCACAUGUGGCAUCAAAGAAUCUCCUGAGAACCAGGGGAAGUCAGAGAAGAGAAGGGAAAGGUGGGAGCAGAAGCAACAGCAGCAGCGGAGAAGGCGGCUACAGCAGCGCUCCAUCAGCAAGGAGAAGUGGGUGGAGACCCUGGUGGUGGCAGAUACCAAGAUGGUGGAGUACCAUGGCUGGGACCAUGUGGAGAACUACGUGUUGACAGUUAUGAACAUGGUGGCUGGACUCUUCCAUGACCCCAGCAUCGGCAACCCCAUCCACAUCUCCAUCGUGCGCCUGAUCCUGCUGGGAAAGGAGGAGGAGGACCUCAAGAUCACUCACCAUGCAGAUAAUACUCUGAGAAGUUUCUGCAAGUGGCAGAAAAGUAUCAAUAUGAAGGGUGACACCCACCCAAUGCAUCAUGAUGUGGCGGUCCUGCUGACGAGGAGAGAUCUCUGUGCUGCCAUGAACCGGCCCUGUGAGACACUGGGCUUAUCACACGUAUCAGGCAUGUGCCAGCCCCACAGGAGCUGUAACAUCAAUGAAGACACUGGUCUCCCUCUGGCCUUCACUGUGGCCCAUGAACUUGGACACAGUUUUGGGAUUCAGCAUGACGGAAGCGGCAAUGACUGUGAGCCCGUUGGGAAAAAGCCUUUCAUCAUGUCUCCACAGCUCCUGUACGACACCUCGCCGCUCACCUGGUCCCGCUGCAGCCAGGAGUACAUCACCAGGUUCCUCGACCGAGGAUGGGGCCUGUGCCUGGAUGACCCACCCGCUAAUGAUGUGAUUGACUUCCCCAUCGUCCCUCCCGGUGUCCUCUAUGAUGUGAGCCAUCAAUGCCGCCUCCAAUACGGGGCCUAUUCCACCUUCUGUGAUGACAUGGAUAAUGUCUGCAAUACUCUGUGGUGUUCAGUGGGGACCACCUGUCACUCCAAGCUGGAUGCUGCUGUGGAUGGCACCCGAUGUGGUGAGAACAAGUGGUGUUUCAACGGGGAGUGUGUGUCCGUGGGCUUCCGGCCCGAUGCUGUGGAUGGAGCCUGGGCUGGCUGGAGUUCCUGGUCCAGCUGCUCCCGAAGCUGUGGCGUGGGCGUGCAGAGUUCGGAGAGACAGUGCAGCAACCCCACGCCCAAGUAUGGCGGCAAGUACUGCGUAGGGGAGCGGAAGCGAUUCCGUUUGUGCAGCAUCCAGGCCUGCCCGGCUGACCGGCCCUCUUUUCGCCACAUCCAGUGCAGCCAGUUUGAUGCCAUGCCUUACAAGGGAGAACAGUACAAGUGGGUUCCUGUGUCUAACCACAUUAAUCCCUGUGAGCUGCACUGCCGGCCAACAAAUGAAUAUUUUGCAAUUAAGCUUCGAGAUGCUGUUGUGGAUGGGACCCCCUGCUUUGAAGGAAACACCAGCCGGGACUUAUGCAUUAACGGGAUCUGCAAGAAUGUAGGCUGUGACUAUGAGAUUGACUCCAAUGCCGUUGAGGACCGGUGUGGCGUGUGCCACGGGGAUGGCUCCACCUGCGAAACAGUGAAGAAGACAUUUGAUGAGACUGAAGGCCUGGGGUACGUGGACAUUGGGCUGAUCCCAGUAGGCGCAAGAGAGAUUCGUAUUGAGGAGGUUGCUGAGGCUGCGAACUUCCUGGCACUGAGGAGUGAGGAUCCAGAGAAGUAUUUCCUAAAUGGCGGGUGGACCAUCCAAUGGAAUGGCGACUACAAAGUGGCCGGGACCACCUUCACAUAUGAGAGAAACGGGAACUGGGAAAACCUCACCUCCCCAGGACCCACGUGGGAGCCCAUCUGGAUUCAGCUGCUGUUCCAAGAGAGCAAUCCUGGUGUACGUUACCAGUACACCAUCCAGAGGGAGGCAGACGGUGAGAAUGAGAUCCAACCUCCUGAGUUCUCCUGGCGAUACGGAGCCUGGACCAAAUGCACUGUGACCUGUGGCACAGGGGUGCAGAGACAGGCCGUACACUGCGUGGAGAAGCUAGCGGGCCUUGUGGAGGAGCGGCAUUGCGAUGCCCUGACCAGGCCGGAUGACAGACAGAAGAACUGUAGCCAGGAGCCCUGCCCAGCCAGGUGGUGGUCUGGGGAAUGGCAGAGCUGCAGCAAGACAUGUGGGCCCGGAGGCCUGGCCCUGAGGACCGUCCUCUGCAUCCAGAGUGUCGGACCGGAUGAGCAGAGGGCCCUUCGCCCCGAGGACUGCCAUCCCAUGCCUAAGCCAGAGGUCACCACAUCCUGUAAUGAAGACAACCCCUGCCCAUCCUCCUGGGAAGUGGGCAACUGGUCAGAGUGUUCUGUGAGCUGUGGGACGGGCACACACAGCCGGCCGGUGAUCUGCACCAAUGACACAGGAGCCCCGUGUGAUACCACCCAGAGGCCCAUCUCAGAGACAGCCUGUUCCCUGCCGCCAUGUCCCUGGAUGCCCGAGAAGGCCGUCCCGGAGUGGUCAGGAAGCGGUUCCUCAAGCAGGGAGCUCUUCAACGAGAUUGAGUUUAUUCCCAGCAACCACAUUCCUCCGUUCGAACCACUGGCACCUGGUGCCCCUGGCCCCCAGGACUCCAACAUCAUCACCGAGGAUGACUUCUCACUCAAUGACAAGAAAGGCAACAUCUUUGUGGAUGAUUUCUACUACGAUUACAACUUCAUCAACUUUCAUGAGGAUCUCUCCAACAGCCCCUUUGAGGAUCGGGACAAGCCAAGUGAGGAGAUUGGUGGGGGCACUGAUGAAGGACCCGAGGGCUGGGGCACAUCUGAUGAAACGCCCCUGGCCGCACCUCCCCGCUCACAGGGUGAGGACCAGGCGGGUCCAGAGAGCCCCACAACCCAGCACAUCCCAGCUCAGGAGGAAGUCAUGAAGACUGAUGGCCAGCGGUCUGUGGGCUUCACAACUGGACCUCUCCCUUCCACCCCCACCCCCACCUUGAUACCCUUCGGUCCCAGCCAGGGACAGAAGGACCCAGAGACGGUACUUCCAGAAGAUUUCCCAGGUCCUCAGCCAAGUUCUACAAAUAGCUACUCUAAUCUCUUCCUGGACAAAUCCCCAGAAGGCCCCAUGACAGACAAUGCCUCUAAAAAGGACCCAGCAUUCUCAGCUUCCUUCCCUCUAUCCCCUUCUUUACCCACCUCACCCCCGAUGACACCUGUAGAGACAGACAGGGAGAGAACCAACACCACUAAAAGCAAAGGAGAGGCCCAUGGAGAAGAUGCCCCCAUCGGAGGCCCGGCGUUCUUGGUGGCAAGGAUGACAGUGACACGUAUGUCCCCACCGGGGCCUCUGAAAAAGACCCUGACUCGUUGCUCUGGGAAGUGCUGGACGUGGCACCUGAUGAUGACGGCAAGAAGUUUCCUGGGGAGACAGCAGCCUCAGGGGAUAGUACAACAACCCCUGUGUCCCCUCACUUUCCCUAUGAGCCCAAUCUGGCUCUCCCACCUCCCCAGGCUACUAGUCGGGGCCAUUCCUUUCUGCUGUUCCCUCGAGUGCGCCAAGGACAGAAGUCAUCAUCUUUCUAGAGACGCUGAUCCUAUUGAAAGGUCACAGAAUUCAAGUGACCGCAGAUCGAAAGACAAUGAUAUCCACCCCUCUGAGGGGACCUGGAGAGCUACCUCUUCCCCCAUCCCUUCUGAGACUAAGCCAGUCACAUUCUUUCCAUUAGAGACCUCUUUAUCCCCUCCUGCCAUGUCUAGUGUCCCAGGGCCAAGGAAUACGGACCUCCCAGCCCAAGAUCUGACCCAGUGGGACUUCCGAAACCCAGUUGUGCCGGUGACCUCUGAUCCCAACGACCUGGCUGGCCCAGUAGUCAUGCCUUGGGAUGACCAUUCCCUCUCCUCUGCACUGACCCCCAGCCCGGGCUUAGACAAUUUGUCCAAUGAAAUCAGGGUAUCCCACUACCCAGACUUCUCAUCUCCCCCCAGCCACCCCUGGGCCCCCCAGCCAGCUGAUGCAAACAAAUGGCUGGGAAAUCCAGAUGGAGAAACAUCCCCUAGGAACAUUGUUCACGAUGGCGGAGACCUCAAGAAUAAAUUCCGGAGCCCGGCCGACACUGAGCCAGUUGGUACCGAGGAGUCUCCCCAGGGAACGUUAGCCACCACUAAAGUCCCUGGGGGAGCCAGCUGGGAAGUUGGAGACUGGAGUGAGUGUUCCACCACCUGUGGCCUGGGAGCCAUCUGGAGGUCCGUGAGCUGCAGCACAGGUCAGGAGGAAGAUUGUAUCCCCACCAGCAAGCCGGUGCCUGCCCGUCGCUGCUACCUGAGACCCUGUUCAACAUGGCGCGUGGGGAACUGGAGCAAGUGCUCCCGGAACUGUGGGGGUGGCUUCAGGUUCCGGGACGUGCACUGCGUAGACACCCGGGACCGCCGGCUCCUCCGCCCCUUCCACUGUCAGCCUGGCCUCUUCAAGCCUCUGGGCCAGCUGUCCUGCCAUGUGGACCCCUGCCUCGAUUGGUACACGUCAUCCUGGAGAGAGUGCUCCGAGGCCUGUGGAGGAGGAGAGCAAGAACGCCUGGUGACCUGCCCGGAGUUUGGGCGCUGCGAGGAGACCAUUCGGCCUAACACCACCAGGCCCUGCAACACUCACCCGUGUACCAAGUGGGUGGUGGGGCCCUGGGGACAGUGCUCAGCCACAUGUGGUGGAGGGAUUCAGCGGCGUCUGGUCAAGUGUGUCAACACCAAGACUGGUCAGCCAGAAGAGGACAAUAGUCUUUGUGAUCAUGAAGCAUGGCCUGAAAACUCCCAGAGGUGCAGCCCCCAGGACUGCCCCACCAAUGAGGCAGGUCUUGUCUGUGACCGGGACCGUCUCACUUUCAGCUUCUGUGAGACCCUUCACCUCCUGGGCAGGUGCCACCUACCCACUGUCAGGGUCCAAUGCUGUAAGACCUGCAGCCAGGACAGUCAUGGCGCCUGGGCCCGGGGCAAUGAGCGGGUGUCACGUCGGUGAGCUGGCUGCCCACCCCUUCCCUUGGAGGAAUCUUCCACGGAUCUGAGGAAGCAGCUGUUCCCUCCCCGUGGGCCUCUGCCCACUUCUAGGGGCAGCAUGGAGGCCUGCCUUGGAAGGAGGGACUUCCGGUGCUCAUCACAACCCAGGGAAGACUUGAUAUUGUUACAAAUAUUGUUAUUUUUAAUAAUAUUAUGGUAAUUAUUAUUAUUAUUUUAAAAGCAGGCCCCCAGGGCGAACCAUUCCACAGCUGAGAAGGAUGUGGCCUUACCUCAUAACCCACUUCCCUGGGGAGAGCGUUCCCCACAGAGACCAAGGGCGUCCCCCUCAUCUCAACCCUCUGCUCGCUCACUCACUCACCCACAAUGGUGCUAACCCAGCAGGCUCCCCUGCUCUGUGUCACCUGAACCAACAGUGGCCAGACACCUCCACUUCCUGGGAAUGGGGGGAGGCUUGUUUUUCCCACCUCUCCCCAAAAAAGGUUUUUAAUGUUUUUUAUUCUAAUGAAGGUUCGAGGAACCCCUACUUUUUGUAUUAUAAAUAAAUAUCUAUCCU